AUGCGUCAAGGCGGAUCCUUUGACAUCUGCGGCGGCUUCAACGCCCUCCAAGCCCUCAAGGACGACGGCGCGUCUGCAAACCAGGCCGAGGCCGUCGCCAAAGCUAUCAUGAGGCAUCAGGACAUGAGCGCCAACGGUGCCAUCACCUACAUCGAUCAGCCGAUUCAUUUCGCGACGCUGUACAAUAACCUUUACCACUUGCCGAUGAUGGACGAUGGAACACCCAUGUUGGCCGGGGCGGGUCAAGGCCAGCUGGUUCGCGAUGCAAUCACCAGAGAAAACCAGGGCAACGGAUUUUCAUCGCUAUUGCAAGAAAGCCCAAACUUCCCAACACCUCUCUUUAUUCUGUUCGAAAGAUCAAGAUAUCACUGUUCGUAUACCGAUCUCGAUAUCGGAUUAAGCCUCCUCAUUCUGCUCACCCACGAGGCCAUUAUGCGACGUUCCAGAUCCCUAGCCAACGGCUACAAAAGGCCAGAGCUCAUCUGCAUCCUCAUCGUCUUCCGUUAUGUAUUAUCCCAGAAACGAAAUAAAUCACUUGCCUCGAAACACCUAGACAACGACCAGUUUCCUAAAAAACUGCACUAG